AUCAUGACAUCAUGAAAGGUCCUUUCCUCCUGCAGUAUGUGCCAUGGCUGACGCCUGGAGGCCUCCCCGAGACUGUGAUGACUAUUGGGAUGAAUGGAAGUACUGCAAGAGCUUUAAGAACCGUUUCCACUACUACUACACUCAUGGCGGAAAACCAGCCUGCCAGCAGUGGAAGGCAGACUACGUGGCCUGUAAGGAAUGGGAAAAGAGGAAGAGUCAAGCAGCCAAGGAAGCACUGAUACAGAGCGAGAAAGCAAGGCAAAAGGAGGGGCAGAAUAACAACCCCGUGUGGGCCAUGAGAAAGCGCCCUCCUAGAGACUGGCAUCUACCUCUGAACAGAGAGAAACCUCAGGAGCAAGACUGAGAUUUCUUUCCUGGGACUGGAUUUAUUUCAGAGCUUAUGCCAUUACUACUUACCCGGAAUGUUGUUAUUUUUUUAUUUUUACAUUUAUUUGUACUUAUCUCAUUUAGAGAUUUACAUUCUGUUGUAAAACUGAGCAGAUAAAGACUGUUUGUUUGUUUUUUU